AUAAAUAUUCUGGUAUCCCUGCCCACUUCAUCCAAUCAGGACAGAGAUGGUCCUGUCUGUUUGAUGGUGAGCGGGCACUUCCUGUCUUCGACAAUGGCCGAACAGGGAAAGCUACAAGCUAUUCCAGCGCUGGACCCUGGAGACGACUUAUACCACCAAACAGGUCGAGUGAAGAAAAACGCUGGAGGAAAAGAAAGAGGCAAGGACAGCUGCCUCGAAAAAAAAAAAAUGAAAGGAGUCCAGCGACUGUGGUGAGGAGGGAGGGGACUACAAAACAGACAGGAAGUUAGCUAGCUAAAAACAUGGCAGCGCUAACAGACCUGUUAAAGCACCUGUGCUUUAAAUUCAGUAAUUGAGCAAUUUGGAUCAUUUCCAUUAAUAGUGUGUAAAAUUUAGCCUAGUUGAUAUAUUUGAUAUUUAAUAACAUGUUUUUGCUUAUUACAAAUAAGUUUUUAAAAAGCUAUCAUAAGUUGUGCUGUUUGUAAAAAAAUGCAUGUAAAAACUAAAGUUAGCUUACCGCAGAAUUUUGCUAAGACAUGGUGCAAGAUUUAUUAUUAUGAUACCAUUACUAUAAACCUGCCGUUGUUAAACUAGAUUAUUAUUAUCUCCAUGUAUUCUGUGACUGGAGUUGCCCCCUACAUGUCAGGAUUGGUCCAGCUCAGGAGGAGGAGUUUAGCCUCGUCCUCCGCCUGGAGAACCACACGCCGACUGGAUCAUUCCUCCUCCACACACACACACCGACACACCCGCCCUCUGCCCGGUUGAGGAGGCUGGGACGAUGCCUCUGGAGAGGUGACCACCGCCGGAUCCCGACACACAUGGUCCGCCCUGGCUAUGGAGAACAAAUGAAUUAGAUCACACCUCAUCAAAAAUGGCUCCAUUGAUUUCCAAGCGGGCGAGGAGGAGGAGGAGGUGAGAGCGGCGACGGCGGCGGGAGCUCAAGAUAGACGCGCUUUCCUGGGAGGGAGGGGGCCAGCCCGGGCGGCGCUCUCUUGUCUUGUAAGAGGAUCAAGAAAAAAGGGAAAUCGAGCUAUUUUUAAGCGGACUGCGUGGACUACCCGCCGGUGACAACAUGAGCGGCGGCGGGCCGGAUGAGAGCUCGGUGCGCGUCGCCCUGAGGAUCCGUCCUCAGCUGGCCAAAGAGAAGAUCGAGGGCUGUCACAUCUGUACGUUUGUGAUGCCCGGGGAGCCUCAGGUGGUCCUGGGCAAGGACAAGGCCUUCACCUACGACCAUGUCUUUGACAUGGACACCCAGCAGGAAACCAUCUACAACCACUGCACUGAGAAACUUAUCGAAGGCUGCUUCGAGGGCUACAAUGCCACCAUCUUUGCAUACGGACAGACGGGUUCGGGGAAGACCUACACCAUGGGAACCGGCUUCGACGUCAACAUCGGAGAGGAAGAGCUCGGUAUCAUUCCCCGCGCCGUCAACCACCUGUUCAGGGGGAUCGAGGAGCGCAUACAGGCUGCCACCGAGCAGGGCAAGCCUGUUCCUGAGUUCAAGAUCAACGCACAGUUCCUGGAGCUGUAUAACGAGGAGGUGUUGGACUUGUUCGAUUCGACACGAGACAUCGAGGCCAGGAAGCAGAGGUCCAACAUCAAAAUUCACGAAGACGCCAACGGAGGCAUCUACACCGUUGGGGUGACCACUCGCACCGUCACCUCUGCAGCUGAGAUGAUACAGUGUCUGAAGCUGGGCGCCUUGUCUCGUACCACCGCCAGCACCCAGAUGAACGUCCAGAGUUCGCGCUCCCACGCCAUCUUCACCAUCCACCUGUGCCAAGUUCGAGUCUGCUCUCCAGAUAACAACGAUAAUACGACAGACAACCGUCUAACAAACAGCUCUGAGAUUAAUGAGUUUGAGACGCUGACAGCCAAGUUUCACUUUGUAGACCUGGCUGGUUCUGAGAGGCUGAAGAGAACUGGAGCUACAGGAGACAGAGCUAAAGAGGGCAUCUCCAUCAACUGUGGGCUGCUCGCUUUGGGAAACGUCAUCAGCGCUCUGGGCGACAGGAGUAAGCGCUCCACCCACGUGCCUUACAGAGACUCCAAACUGACCAGGCUGUUACAGGACUCACUGGGUGGCAACAGUCAAACAAUGAUGAUCGCCUGUAUCAGCCCGUCAGACCGGGACUUCAUGGAGACCUUGAACACUCUGAAGUACGCCAACAGAGCCCGUAACAUUAAGAACAAGGUGGUGGUGAACCAAGACAGAGCCAGCCAGCAGAUCAGCGCCCUGAGGACGGAGAUAGCACGUCUGCAGAUGGAGCUGAUGGAGUACAAGACGGGGAAACGUAUGGUGGGUGAAGAUGGCAUGGAAGGCAUCAACGAUUUGGUCCAUGAGAACUCCAUGCUGCAGACGGAGAACAACAACCUGAGGGUGAGAGUGAAGGCCAUGCAGGAGACCAUCGAUGCCCAGAGAACCAGACUCACACAUUACCUCAGUAACCAGGCCAACCAGGCCCUGGCUAAAGCAGGUGAAGGCAACGAAGAGAUCGCAAACAUGAUUCAGAACUACAUCAAAGAAAUCGAGGAGCUCAGAGCUAAACUUCUUGAAAGCGAGGCCGUGAGCGAGAAUCUCAGGAAGAGCUUAUCUCGGGCCUCCACGCGCUCCUCGCUGUACGGCGGGCCAAGCUCCUUCUCCUCCUCCCUCCUCGCCCCUGAGAAGGAGGCCAGCGACGUCAUCGAGAUGGCCAAGAAAGACCUGCAGAAGCUUAAGAAGAAGGAAAAGAAGAAGAAGAAGAGACUAAGGCAAUACGAGGAGAACCACCACCACACGCCUGUCGAGCACGCCAGUGUCAUCAAAGAGGAGCUGCCAGACAACGAGCAGGAGCGAGGAGGCAACGAUGAGGCAGAGAUGGAGGCCAGUGACCACGAAGAGGGCGAGGACGCUGAUGAGGAGGAUGACUCUGAAGAGGCAGGAGAUGAGACCUCUGAAGAGUCUGAGACUGAAGAACUGGAUGAGAAAGAAAACGUCCAGGCCGACCUGGCCAACAUCACCUGUGAGAUCGCCAUCAAGCAGAAGCUGAUAGAUGAGCUGGAGAACAGCCAGCGGCGCCUGCACACUCUCAGGCAGCAGUAUGAGCAGAAGCUGAUGAUGCUGCAGAACAAGAUCAAAGACACACAGCUGGAGAGGGACAGGGUGCUGCACAAUAUGGGCUCAGUGGAGACGGGUACUGAGGAGAAGGCCAAGAAGAUCAAGGUAGAGUACGAGAGGAAACUGAGCUCCAUGAACAAAGAGCUGCAGAAGCUCCAGUCGGCUCAGAAGGAGCACGCCCGCCUGCUGAAGAACCAGUCGCAGUACGAGAAGCAGCUCAAGAAACUGCAGCUGGAUGUGACCGAGAUGAAGAAGACCAAGGUGUCACUGAUGCGUCAGAUGAAGGACCAGCAGGAGAGAAACCGAGCUGCAGAGUGCAGGCGGAACAGGGAGAUCGCCUCUCUGAAGAAAGACCAGCGCAGGGCAGAGCAUCAACUGAAGCAGAUGGAGGCCCAGAAACGACAACAGGAGCUGGUUCUUCGCAGGAAAAAUGAAGAGGUGACAGCUCUCAGGCGGCAGGUGAGGCCCGUGUCCGGGAAGGUGAGCAGGAAGGUGAGCCUACCUGAACCUCUCCAGGAUCCGUCACAUCGAGCCACCCCAGCAAGGAUGCAUACCUAUGGAGUGUCCUCAUCUAAUGGAGCCAGGAGUUCCCCAGUGCGGAUGGGAAGUGCCUACCUCAGCAGGACAGCCAGGGCCAAGUGGCAGUCGCUGGAGAGACGUGUCAGUGACAUCAUCAUGCAGAGGAUGACCAUCUCGAACAUGGAGUCAGAUAUGAACAGACUGCUGAAGCAACGGGAGGAGCUGACCAGACGGAGGGAGCGGGUGUCCAGAAAGAGAGAAAAGAUGGCAGUGGAGGGUGCAGACGCCGACCGCUCCCUGGCUUCUCUAAACGAGGAGCUGGAAUCUUUGAGCGCUAACAUCGACUACAUCAACGACAGCAUCGCAGACUGCCAGGCCAACAUCAUGCAGAUGGAGGAGGCCAAGGAGGAAGGAGACACGGUGGAUGUGACGGCUGUGAUCAGCUCUUGUAAUUUAUCAGAGGCCCGCUUCCUGCUGGACCACUUCAUGAACAUGGCUAUCAAUAAGGGUCUGCAGGCAUCACAGAAGGACUCCCAGCUGAAGGUGAUGGAGGGCAGGUUGAAGCAGACUGAGAUCAACAGUGCCACCCAGAACCAGCUGCUGUUCCACAUGCUGAAGGAGAAGGCAGAGAUCAACCCGGAGCUGGACGCUCUGCUGGGCAGCGCUCUGCAAGAGUUAGGUUACCUGUCACCAGAGAAUGGAGAUGACAGCAGUAGUGACGAGUCCGCCCCCAGUCCAGCCACGGAGGGCAGCACACUGGCGUCAGAUCUGAUGAAGUUGUGUGGUGAAACCAAACAGAGAAGCAAGGCUCGCAGGCGGACCACCACCCAGAUGGAGCUGCUGUACGCCAGCAGUGGGGAUCUGUCCUGUGAAUCCCCCACCGGAGACUUCUCGGCCCCUCUGCUGCCUCUCUCGGAGCGUCUGGAAGCGCCGACGGACAUGCAGGGUCACACACUUGGUCAGACCCCUGACCGCGAGCAAACUGUUUCCCCAUCUGCACUGUCUGCGCGGCCAGCUGCCAUUUCUGGAUCCAGGUCACCUACAGGGACUGAGAGGAGGCAACUGGAGCGCUCGCCCCUCAGCCGGAGAAGGGUGCAAGAGAAAGGACCCACGGUGACGCACAUCCCAGCACCAAUACUCACUUCUCCGCAUAACACGGCAGAGGCUAAAACUAAAGGCAGUGACUACAAAUCCAUGUUGGAGGAGUCUCCUGUACUUGAAGGCCAUAGAGGUGUGAUCAACCCCGUGACGGCCCCGAAGAACAGCCGCGGGGCCAAACUUCAGUGUGUCUACGUUGCGGAGGGCCACACCAAACCCGUUCUCUGUGUAGAUGCGACAGAUGAUCUGCUCUUCACAGGAUCCAAAGACCGUACAUGUAAAGUCUGGAACUUGGUGACGGGUCAGGAGAUCAUGUCUCUGGCAGAUCAUCCCAGCAGCGUUGUCUCUGUCAGGUACACCUCUAGUCUCGUCUUCACUGUUUCCACUGCUUACAUCAAAGUCUGGGACAUACGAGAUUCUGCCAAGUGUAUCCGCACGCUCACGUCAUCAGGCCAGGUGGGCUCUGGGGACGUCUGCUCGUCUGCCAGGAGUUUAUCCAUCCCUCCAGGAGAGAGUCAGAUCAACCAGAUCUCUCUCAACCCCUCCGGCUCCUUCCUCUAUGCUGCUGCCGGCAAUGCAGUACGCAUGUGGGACCUCCGCAAGUUUGUGUCCACUGGCAAGCUGACGGGCCAUUUGGGACCUGUCAUGUGCCUCACUGUGGACAAAUUAGGCAGCGGACAGGAUGUUGUCCUCACUGGCUCCAAAGACCAUCAUAUUAAAAUGUAUGAGGUGGCAGAAGGUGCUCAGGGUAGCCUCAGCUCCAGCCACACGUUCGAUCCCACUCAUCAGGACAGCGUGGAGUCUCUGGCCGUGCACGGAGACGUUCUCUACAGUGGCUCCAGGGAUUAUUACAUCAAGAAGUGGGACUUGGCUAGUAAACAACUGCUGCAGUCUGCCAGUGCUCAGGCAGACUGGGUUAGCGCUCUGGGCGUGGUGCCAGGCUCCUCGGUACUGCUCAGCGGAUGCAGAGGCGGGCUGCUGCGCCUCUGGCACGUUGACUCACUUGCGCCCCUCGGCGAGGUCCGGGGACAUGACAGUCCCAUCAACGGCCUGGCCACCAACGGCAGCCAACUGUUCACCGCCUCAGAUGACCGCACAGUGAAGGUCUGGGAAGCCAAAGGAUCUCUGGAGGAAGGAGUCCACUGACGCCCCCUCCAUCAUAAUCACCAUAAGACCUGAAAUCGAGGUUCGUCUACUGGCUGUUACCCAAUCAAAAAGAAGCAUAUGUGAGGCACCUACAUCAUCCAUGGCACGAUGAAGUGUUUGAAAGGCUGAUAUUUUAGGUCAAGACCAAUCACAGUGGAGCCUCUCAAGUCUCCAGAAGAGCUCCAAGGACUGCGGACCUGUUGUGAUGGACAGGACCUUUCAUAAACAGCUAAAGAAAAUGAUGAUAAAAUACAAGUACAGCUGUGGAGUUACAGGAGUCUCUGCUGUGCUUUCUACAUUCCUCUCCUCAGCUGAGCGUUAAAUAACAUGGAUACCUUCUAUGCACAUGGUGAAUUUUGCUGGAGCAAAACAAAAUGCUUAAAUGCUUUGCCUCGUUGCACCAUCUGUGUCACAAGACGAGACAUGGAGAUCUCCUGCUCACCAGCAAUAACUGUGAGUCUGUCCUGCGUGUUCACAUGAUGUGUUUUUUCUCUGCUCUCCAGGUCAUUUUGGGUAUAUGUGUUUGUAUGUGUUCUCUGUAACCAAGGACUGAAAGGCUACUGAAACUGUGUAUGGUCUUAUUUUUCAGCUGUUACUGCCAAACCCACUAGUGGAACACGAGGGGCCUGUCUAUGACAGGGAACUUUGACAUUUUUCUUCAAUUUUCUGCAUAUUCUGGUAUUUUAUUCAGUGUUGAAAAUGCACAGUGUAAGAAUUAGCCACCUCUUAAAUUCAUACUCCAAACAAAUAGGGGGCAGCAUAUCACAUGAGUAACUGUUAACUGCUGCUAAUUGAUAGCAGUGCGCACUUGGAGCUUGGAAACCAGGGACUGAGCUGGACGGGGCUAGCCGGUUAGCAUGGUAAUAUCAGUAUAUAUGUCUCUGCAACUCAAGAUGUUGAAAUCAUAACUUCAAAGUAGUAUCACAAGUAUCACAGCUGAACAACAAUAUUUCAUACUGACAUUUAAAGGCUAUUUAUUGAAGCAGUGGAAAAGAUCAAAUGCAGAAGCUAGCCACACCCAACAUUUUUCCUUUAGUUUUAUUGCCUAUUUAACUAGUCCAGUGAAUCAGUCUAUCCUUUACAAUGGUGUUUACAAUGGUUAAAUAUAUGAUUUAAAGCUAGUUUCCCCCUCAUCAACUCAUGUAAUUUCCUCUCCUUUCAGAGACUAAGAACGCAGUUACUGCUAGCAGAACUAGCUUAAUUGUUAACUUUGAGUUUUGUAUACUACAUACUGUGUGUAUAACAAACUCAGUUGCUGAAAUUUUAAAUCCAGUAACAUGGUAGAGAGACAUUGGUGGAUUAGCUUUCACCAGCUAGUCUUAACUAGCUAGCAUGCGGUCACCACAAUCUGAUUUUUGCCGCUCGAAUUUGAUAAUGUAGAUCUUUGAAAGCUCUCUGGUAAAACAGGUCGCAAAAAGUCACUGAGGGCAGAAGUACUUUUUUCCGAGCUUCACUAGAAAAAAAUAUUAGUUACCCUGAAGUCAUAUUUUGCUUUUAUUUGUUUCGCACCAGGCAGAAGAGGCUAGCUGUUACACCCUGGUUAAAAGGUGUUUUGACAUUUCCUCAGACAGCUUCAGUAUUUCAGCCACUGUGUUGUCACCAGUCCCUAAUAGCAGCUGGAUGUCUUGUGUCAGUAUCCUCUAGCUGAUACACCGACAGCGUCCAAGUAUUUCUAGCCUUAAGUGGUGUUUUAGUUUCCCCGCUGAAUGGUUUUACUUUCCUGUCAAGCUUCCCUCUGGCUUCUCUGACCUGCAUCUCUUAGGCCUCCGGGAAAUGUCCUCUCAUGUGUAGGACUUUGAUUCUAUAAAUAAAAAGGUUACCCUCCCGAGUAUUUAAAAGCUGAAGCACAACUCCGGCAACAAGUGCUUCUUUUCGGGGACUUCCGCUUGACUCGUGUGGCUGUACAGAUGUGAAGCGUUCACGCUGAUGAAACCAAGCACCUUUUAAAUUCCUAAAUCAUGGGAUACGACACGUGUAUUCUGUGAGAGCUGUUGCUUCUGCGAGUUGUGUUUAUGUGUGUGGUUUUUUUUCCAUCCAAAUGUUGUCAAAAUUCCAUUCUCCAUGUACAGUGCUGUUCACCUCUGCUGUCUUAGUGUCUGUGAACUGCACACAUGCCGCGGUACCCAUAUCAAACAGCGUUCAGUCUUUAAAGGGGCACUCUGUGAUUCUGGAGUUUUACAUUUACGAUAUUAAUGAGGUAAUAAUACGAACCCAUAUAUUCAUAUUUUCCAUGAAUGAAUUAAAAGCUGUUCUUAGAGGGAAAUAAGGUUCACAUAACAGAAGCAAGGAAGGUGGCAGGGUCCGCCAAAUAUAAACAAAGUCAAACAGUUUGAACUUGUGUUGUCCUUUUAAGGUCAGUUGGUUUAUUCGGUUUAUUAAUUCAUGAAGACAAAGAGUUUGUUUAGGCAUACAAAAUCAGUCAAAGAAGAUCUUUAUCUUCUGCUUAAAAUGUCUUCCCCAUAACUACAAAGUGCUCCUUUUAAAAUAUGGAACAAAAAUGCUAUUUAUUUAUUUUUUGGGAUUUUUGUAGUUUGCUGUUGUGUCUUCCUUAUCAAUCAGAGAUUUGAACUGAUUUCCAUCACUUACCUCCAUAGAUGAUGGACUGAAGAAUAUCUGGGAUGGAUUUCUCCAUAGUCAGAGGGGUAUUAUCAGUGCCUGUAAUAAGUCCUACGAGUAGUGACUGUGGAAUCACUGCCCCAAGGUAUAUCAUGAACCCACCGUAUCGCGAGUGUCCUGAAAAUGUGUCGGAGAAACGCUUGCUUCUGGUUUGGUUGGUGGAGGUAGCGACGCAGUAGUCAGUGGGACUCCAGCAAUUGCACUGAAAAAUCCAAACUUCAUCAGUUUUCUUCCCUGAGUGAAACGGACAGGAACUGUUUUUUUUUGUUUUUUUUGGUCCCACUGACUUGCACUUGAAUUGCUAAAUGAAUAAUCCCACAAAAGAAACAAUGUGAGCCCUAAGGAUCCCGUAUUGAUAAUAAAUCAGAUAUGCUGCUCAAGAAUCGUAAUUAUCCUUUCUAACUGUAGAUGUGUCUUAUUUUGAAAUCCGACUGUAAAUCUGCUCUUGUGUAAAUACGACUGUUCUCUUUCCUCCUGCUGAUUCUCUUUUUUUGUGCAGCAUUUCGAGUGAUUUGGAAUAUCAGAUGCAGUGUGAAAAUAAACUUUAAAGU